CCGUUUUUACACACGUUGAGUGACGGCGAUAUGGUGAGCUUGUAGUGAGUGUUUAUUUACCUAAUCCGUGAUUCAAUCGAAAGACCUUAAGAUGGACUUUUUGUUUUAAUAAACUCGCAGUGUAUCGUAUGUAUCUAGUUCAGUGCCUACGAUCAGUUUUACAAGCAAUUACCCCAGAAAAUUAGAGAACGGCAAAGAUGAGCGGAAUGGAUUUGCGAUCCAGCAGGUCCAGGUCAAGGACUCCUUUUACCACACAAGAGGCAUUUAGCAAGGACGAGAUUAUUGCUGGAAAUAACGUAGGAAAGACAGUAAUUCGGACGACUAGACGAACAACUCAUAUCAUUCAAUCAAACAAAAAUGCCUCAAGUUCUACAGAUGAAGUUAACACGGCUAGAGAACAUGUGGCUGAAAGCGCCAGCAACAAAAAGGGCUCGAAAUCCGGAAGAUCGCUACGUAGUCGCAUCUUCAGAACCUCGGAUUACUCCUCGGAAGAUGGAGAUAACGAAGUAAGUUCCAGCAGAACAAUUAAGCAGAACGAGCAAAAUCAGCUUGUGGAGGAUGCCAGAAGUUUUGCCAAUGAAAGCGACAUGCCUGCUUUAGAGUUGUAUAGAAAGAGCGGUCGGUAUUGGGAUGUUUAUCCCAAAACCGACUGGACUUACUCCCAGUACUCUAAGGACAGAGUAGAAAUAGCCCCUGGUGUAGUGGCUAUGCCUAAUAUGUCACGAAAAACUAUCCAUUCCUUGGAUGGGUCCAGUCAAGAUUAUUCAUCGUUCCAGUCGUCUGAAUCAUUAUAUUCAGGAAAUGUGGCUCACAAAAACACCAACACCGACUAUAUCGGGUCGGUAUUCAACGGUAGUCGUAUUGAACACACAAACACCAAAUUGGCCAAUCAAAGUUCAGAUGAUUUUUACAUCCAUAGGCGGAGAACAACCAGAAGAUCGUUUAAAGAGAUAAUCACACUUGUCUUUUUCUCAAUUUUUACAACCAUCUCAACAAUAUUCCGUUACUUCUACAAGACGCAAAUUAGCAUAUUUUCGCGAAUUCAUCGAGUGGCUAGCACGGUGAUGUUAUGGGAUACGUAUCUGCUCUGGAAGACAAUAUCCACAAACAAAACCCGAAAUUUGCUCAUUUUGUGUCUGCUACCGCUUUUGAUCUUUGGGGGUCUUUGGUUGCUGCCCAGUCUUGGUAGUGUUAUCUAUGGAACACUAACCAAUUAUACUAUUAAUACAUCAAAAUCUCUACUCGAUCACUUCUGGAUCAACAGCGAAGACAAAUUAACUCGGAUUGAACGCCAAACGGACGUGAGUGGGCUCGUUGAUGUUUUCAACAGCAAACCCGGCUUUAAUUCGUUUCAUGAAGGUGAAAGCGGUGCAGCUAAAACCGCUGAUUCAAAUGAAAAAAUUGUUAAAAUCAUCGAAAAAGUCUAUGUACAGCCGCCCAGUGCCAGUGAUAUUGCGAGUGGAUUAACAAAAGAACAGCUGGAAACAAUUGCUUUUGCUGUGAAGAACUCUCUGAACUUGAAUGCUGAACAUUCGCAGAUGAAUACCGAAGAACUAGUGAAAAAUAUUAUCAAUAGUCCUACUUUCGUUAACGAGGUGAACAAUUAUUGCAGCAACGAGCGGGGUGGAGAUACUGUGAAAACUUCAAGUUCGGAAAGCGGGAAAUGGAACGAAGAACUUCUGAGCAAGCAGCAAGUUCUUGUGAACAGUCUGCUGAAGGAAAUUAAUAAUAUGAAGGAAGACAUCGUGAUGAAUAAUAAGCUUCGGAGUGAAGAGUACGCCAGACUGUCUUUCAGCAUGAAGGAAUGUUGCGAGAAACGCCCAGUAAUCAACGUGGAUGGCUACGUGUUGCGAAUUGUGACUGAUUUGCUUAACAGCCCCGAGUUUUUGCAGAACCAAACUGGAUUAAAUUCCUGGCUUCAAUCCCUGUUCCUUGCCAAGCAAGACCUGCAAUAUCACUUGGGCAACUUGACUGCUUCUAUGGACUCUAAACUAGCUAGUGUCGUCGAAUCCAACAGCCACACCUUGAUGGAGAAAGUAGCAGAUAAAUUAGUGGAAAUUAACAAAAAGCCUGCGGAGUCGAUUAAAGUCAGCAGCGAAAACGUACUCGGACUUACCGAUGAAAAUUUCGUUAAAAAGAUAGUGAAAGAAGCGUUGACAAUAUACGAUGCCGAUCGAACCGGCUUAGUGGACUACGCAAUGGAAAGCAUGGGUGGGCAGAUAGUGAGCACUAGGUGUACUGAGGCGUAUUAUCACGGUAAAGCCGUGGUUUCGGUCUUAGGAAUCCCAUUAUGGCAUUUGACGAAUUCCCCAAGAACAAUCAUCAAACCAACCAUAGCUCCCGGAGAUUGUUGGGCUUUCCAAAACUUUCCGGGUUUCGUAGUGUUGAAGUUAUCGGGCAACGUGAAAAUCGACGCGUUUUCUAUGGAGCAUAUCUCCAGACUUUUGCUCCCAGAGGGCAAAAUUGACUCGGCGCCCAAAGAUUUCGAAGUAUACGGCUUGAAGAUUGAAAACGAUCGGGAGCCUGUUUUGCUCGGUUCUUACAGAUAUGAGUAUGACGGCGAUACUCUACAGUUCUUCCUAGUGGAAAAAGACAGUCAAGUGUUUGAUAUGAUUGAGAUCCGGAUUCUAUCCAAUCAUGGCAAUCCUAACUAUACAUGUCUUUACAGGUUCAGGGUUCAUGGGAAGUUACAUCAUGACGAGAACAGAUAAUUUGCGCUCUUUUCGGAACGGUUUUAAGAUUCUAAUCUUAAGAUGGAUGAUAAUGAUUAAAAUGCUAUUAAGUAAAAAACGCCUUAUUCUAAUGGGAUUUUCUUCAUUAAAAAAUCUCUUUAGGUUAAGUUAAGUUAAAUUUAUUUUAUACUAAUUGCCAUCUUUCUCCCAAGUCUUUUUACAAAUCGUUGAUCCACCAGUUUUAUAAUGUCGGUAUUAUAUUUCAAUUCUAUUUCUGAUCUUCUAUAUAUAGUAUUUAAUAUUUCUAUUUCUGAUCUUCUUCGACCAUCUGUGAGGCAUUCUUUUCUUUGUGAAUAUCGAUAUUACUUUUUUAUUGGAUUUUUUCAUAGGUAUAGGCAUUUAGUUUAAAAGAUCGACACCAAAGAACCUAAUUAUUUAAAUGGCUUUAAUAAUAACGAGUUAACUUCAACGUUAACGAUUAUUUCAAUAUAAAGAAAAAACUACUGUGUUAAUAUGAAUACAGUUUUACAUGGAUUUUGGUAAAUAAUUUACGUUGCUCGGAUUAAAUGAAGCAAAUACUAAGGUAAAAGGGGGGUUGCUAUCGACUAACGCGAUUUCAUUUAAGCAUUUUAAUUUUUUAAACUUUGGGUCGAGGUAAAUUCUAUUUUAAGUAAAUAUUCAAUUUACUGAAGAAGUAAUUCACUAGAUAAAUUCGACAAAACCGAAAAAUCAAGUCAAAUUUGGAUAAAAGCGCCUGACUGAUUAGGAGAUCAAUUUUUUCGCAAACUAGUCAGCAAUAUAAUCAACGAACGAAACACUCAGGUACUUUUGUAAAAUUUUAAUUUCAUUAUUUAUAAUCUCACUGAAAGUGGAGUGCUUAUGAUUCAGUGCAAACAAUAAAUUGAUAAUUAUAACGCUGGUAUUGCACAUGCAAAAUAUUGUAUUAUUUUUAUGAUUAAGCAUCUGAUGUAUUUCGUAGUACACCGAAUUUGUACUUAAAGCGAUGUAAAUAUUUUAAUAUAACAUAUUUUAUAUAAGUCGGAAUGCAGAGCAAUUAGUUUUAUCGUUUCAAAGGAAUUACUAGUCCACAGUAGCGGCUUGUUACUAAAACAAGUUGUUUAGAAUUAACUAUAACUUUUUAGAUGAUGUAGGCUUUAUCUAAUUUUGGUUUGUUGAAGCCUUCCUUUAAGGGAUUAUUUCCUCUCUCUAACAAGCAACUGCAGUUGAAUUCCAAGAGUUUGUUCUAGUUGAUGUUGCUUUAUGCAGGAGGCAAAACUUUUCAAUUUAUUUUAAGUUCAAACAUGUUUAUUUGAAAGAUAGUACAAAGUCUUGGCCUUAAUAAGCAUUCUAGGUUUAGAUUUAUAAUAUUUUAGUCAACUAGUGUUAUUUAUUUCAUUAUAUUGCAUUAGCGCAUAAGGGUGUGUUGAAAACGAGCAUAAAUAUAGCGCGGUGAUUUUAGCAGGAAAAUGUGAAAUUGCUCGAAAAUUUGUAGCUACUUUCACCGGCCUGUGGGUAGGGCAACAAAUAUUGACAUACCCUUAUGAUUAAUGAUAAUAUAAUUUUUUGUUUAGUGUCUAAAAAUAUUCAAAACUCGGUUGUAAAAAUAUAUUUAAGAAUUUGUUUUCUUUUGAAGAUUCAAGUGCCUUUUAACAUAGAACUAUCAUCUCAGCGGUAAUUUUGUGAGCAAGUUUUAUAGGAAAAAUCUAUACGCAGUCAACUUGAAA